AUAGCAGAAUAUGUGCAGAACUUUUCUCCGACUGCCCGGGGCAAUGAUUGUAGUCAGACAAGAAUUACUAAAACGCUGCAAUUAUGGAUUUGACUUAUAUCAGGAGAGGUUUCUUUGUGUUGAUUUUAACAACCGCGUGUGGAAUUACUUUACGCACCGACUGGAUAUAUAAUACACCAUUAGAAACAUUAAGCGCAGAGAAACUACCUGAUACGUUACGUAGUUAUAACGUAUUUGAUAGCAGUUCAAGUUUUAAAGAGCAAUGUGCCGAGAUAAUUCAAAAACUACCAAGUCCUAAGACGUAUGAUAGAAAAGAUGGAUUUCAAAGGCUACCAGAACGAUAUUUACGCAACAGAAACCGCAUGGACGAAGGUUAUAAGUGUGGGAAAGUUUUAAGGCCCAAAAUUGAUAAAGAAACACCCUGGAUGACACUUUUAGUCAAGACGGCACCAAAGAACUUUGAAUAUCGGAAUAUAAUUAGGAAAACAUGGGGUGGCAUUCAACAAUUUCGAGGGAAGAUUUUUAAAGCGAUUUUUAUGGUGGGUCUAGCGCCAUCUGACGACGGCGUGCAAACGAAUCUCACGGUUGAAAAUGGGAAGUAUGGGGAUGUACUACAGUGCGAUUUUGUGGACGCGUAUAACGCAUUACCUACAAAGGUACUAUCUUCACUACGUUGGAUUGUUGAAGAAAACGCCACAUCCCGCUUCUAUUCCGUCACAGACGACGAUUGCGUCAUCAAUAUACCAUUAUUACAUGACAUAUUUACUAAAAAGGAUAAAGGCAGUGUUAAAGAUAGCUUGGACGACCAUAACACGGUAUACUGUGGAUACAAAUACGAAGCAGGAGCAAAACCGUAUCGUAAUAACUCCUCUAAAUGGCAGAUGUCUAUGGACUUAUACUCAGCUUCAAACUUUCCCACAUACUGCAUGGGAGCCAUGUGGACUCUUUCAUUUGAAAUAAUUCGUUCCCUCACAUGUUUAUCUACUGUAACCGACUAUGCCGAUUUUUACGUAGAAGACGUUUUGAUAACAGGUAUUCUGCGAGAGAAAUUGGGACAAGGGGAGUCGAAUAUAAAGAGAAUCUGGAAAAGCCAUAAAGUCGAGAAACUUCGUUUACUAACAUUACAUACCGGUAAGAUGGAAAAGAAAGAAGGAAAGAAAGCUAUGUUUGAACAAUGGGAAACAUGGUCCAAGAAUUUGACUACUGUGAAAUAAUGUACAGUAGGUUGGGGUAAGAUGGUCCAUGUUUUCAUUCACUUUUAUCGUUCCAUUUGGUAGUAAACAAAGAAUAUUUACAGAAUUAUAUAACCGUAUUCCCACGACACUGAAAUACCGUUGUUAAUUUGAAAAAAACAUGAGCUGUUAAGUGUUAACGGUAUCCAUCUUACCCCGCAGUACUAUUUAAUGUAUUCUUCUUCAUUAAGCUUAAUUUCUAAUGAAAUUGGAGUUAUUUGAAUCAACGUGCUAUACUCAACUUAAAUAUUUAUUUCGACAGUUAACUUAUAUUGUUUAAAAAUAUAGUGUGUAUCCUUGGCGCACUUUCUAUUUUUACCGUGCCAAAACCGUUUGUUUCAAAAAGCAGAACAGAAAGUGGAACCACAGCAUACUGAUAUGUAACUUGUGACACGUUACUAUUUACUAAUACUGUGUUCUAAAUGGUAUAGUAGGUGGGGGUGGGGGGGGUAAUGGAACACUUUUUCAUCCUAUGUUCUCAUCCCAUUUGGUAGUAAACAAAGAACACUCAAAGAAUUAUAAAACCGUACCCUCACGACUCCCAUAGACCGCUGUUAAUUGUUUAACACACGAUCAAAAUAUUUAGAUAUUAUGUGAUAAAGAUGUCCCAUCUGCACCCUCACCCAUACUAUAUGUUUUUCUGUCCAUAAGUUUCAGUACGGAAAAAAGACUUAGUUUUUACGCGUUCUCACAGUACUUAGAUAGCAUUAAAUAUUAAAUAUACAUACAUUG